UGGUUUUUGAAAACGCUGGUGGUGUGGUCUGGCAUUCUUUGCUUAUUGGAAAGGAUUAUACCCACUUGAGAUUGCCAACUCGUCGCAAACAAGCUUUGUCAGUGAGCACACUGUGAGUUUUCAAGGUGGGUUUGUUGUUAAUUUACUUGCAGAGUAGAUGCUAUCCUCAGAUCCAUCAAUGUCGCUUGGUCACAAAGCUCUCCUGGGCAAUGUCGGCUCGUUUGGCAGGACGGCAAAGGGAUUUGGACCUCCGAUGACCAAUAUGAUGGACACAACGUCUGCCAUUGGACUUUCCUCUGUUGAUCCACAGCUAGGCGCAGGAAAGGAGCGAGACAAGGGAACUUCCAGUGUACUAUUCAAUAUCAGCAAAAAAGAAGCAUACACGCCAAAUAAUGGGUUGAAAGUCUUUCAGAGAAGAUUGAGGAACGGAUACAAAAUUGGGCUUUACAAGGAAGAAAUGAACGCAGCCAAACUAGUGGAUACCAACCUUUUGAUCUUUGGUGCUCCAAGGGAAAAGUUUACGAUGGCAGAGUUCAGCGCCUUGAAGGCUUACAUGGAUCGGGGAGGAUCUAUACUGUAUUUAACUGGCGAAGGAGGGGAAACCGCGUUUGAGACAAACUUCAACUAUCUUUUAGAGGAGUACGGGAUGACGGUGAAUCCAGAUGCCGUAACACGAACGGUGUACUACAAGUACCAUCAUCCGAAAGAAGUCUAUGUGUCAAAUGGCGUAUUGAAUAGAGAGCUUAAUCGGGCAGCAGGAAAGAAAGUGGGGCCGACUGCCUUGGAAGGAUUGCCAGAAACGGGCAAAUUCAAUGCCUAUGCCCUCACUUUCGUCUACCCUUACGGUGCCACCCUCAACGUACAAAAACCUGCCAUACCCAUUCUCUCAUCUGGUACAGUCUCUUACCCGUUGAACCGUCCAGUUGGCGCUGCAUACAUUAAUCCGAAUGGAAGGGGGAAGCUUGUUGUCGUAGCAUCGGCACAAAUGUUCUGCGACACGUACAUUGAGAAGGAGGAGAACGGGAAGCUACUGGAUGUGCUGAUACAGUUUUGCACGACAGAUAAGAUCAUACUGAAUAGCAUCGACGCCAACGAACCAGAUAUAUCGGAUUACUACUACCUUCCCGAAACCGCACAGAUUUCCGAAACGCUCCGAUCAUGUUUGCAGGAAAGCGAAGAACUCCCUAAAGACUUUACAACCCUCUUCGAUAUGAACCUAUUUAAAUUUGAUACGAGCUUGAUACCAGCGGCGGUUCAGCUUUACGAGGAUCUGCGACUAAAAAAAGAGCCAUUGACGCUAAUACAACCACAAUUUGAAACUCCGCUUCCCCCCUUGCAACCCGCUAUUUUCCCUCCAACUCUCCGCGACCUUCCCCCACCCGCUCUCGAGCUCUUCGACCUAGACGAUGCAUUUGCCAGCGAACGCGUCCGUUUAGCUCAACUGACCAACAAAUGCAAUGAUGACGAUCUGGAGUACUACGUACGAGAAUGCGGACACAUCCUGGGCGUAACGGAACGAUUAGAUGCGGACAAACGCACCGCGAAACAUAUUGUGGAGUUUGUUUUCCGAAGUAUAGUCAACUGGAAGAAACUCAACCAAGGGUGAUCAUGAUGGUAAUGAGAAAGACAGGGGGAGCCUUUGCACGAGUCAAUUGUACUUAAAUAUAGAAAGGACGAGCGCAACAGUCUUUCAAACAAAAGCA